AGGAACCACAAAUACACGUGAUAGAGUAGUUGGACUGCGAUCUAAACCGACGGUCUUUACUUCACACUUUGGCCUCGGUUAUAAAUACAGAGCUCGGCCAGUUUCAUAAUUUAUCUACAUUUGGCUGGACUAAGCUUAAGGAAAAGAACACAUUGAAAUGGAGGUUGAAGGUGUUUCAUUCUCUUCUAAAGUUGCACCACUUGGAUCUACCAAGCAACUUAUUCUGGGAGGAGCAGGUGUUAGAGGGCUGAAGAUAGAGGGCAAGUUUAUUGUAUUUACUGCGAUCGGCGUUUAUCUUGAAGAGUACGUCAUUCCCUACCUUGCUCUCAAAUGGAAAAACAAGACGGCAGAGGAGUUGGGGAAAUCCGAGGACUUCUUCAUGGACAUUGUUACUUGUCCCUACGAGAAAUUCACGAGAGUGACCCUUGUCUUACCGCUUUCCGGAAGUCAAUACUCUGAAAAAGUAUCCGAGGGCUGCAAGGCCGCAUGGGAAGCUGCAGGAAUAUAUGGUAAAGCAGAAGCCCAGGCGCUUGAUAAGUUUAAGGCAGUUUUCAAGGACCAGAAUUUUCCACCUGGCUCUUCCAUUCAAUUUACCGAUACAUCGACCGGCCUCGUGAUUGCAUUCUCCAAGGAUAGUUCGAUCCCUGACAAAGCUGCAGCUGUGAUAGAGAACAGAGUCCUGGCACAAGGGAUUCUAGCCUCCAUAAUAGGGAAAAGUGGUGUAUCUCCUGCCGCUAAAGCUUCAAUUGCACAACGAAUGUCAAAAUUGUAUUUUCCAGAGGAGGAACGUUUGGCCACUGUGCUUUCUGGAAUGGAGGUGGAGGGCAUCUCAUUUUGUGCCACAGUUCGGCCCCUGGGCUCCACAAAAGAACUCUUACUUGGAGGAGCUGGAUUUCGAGGACUGGAGAUUCAGGGGAAUUUCAAGAAGUUCACAGCAAUUGGUAUUUACAUUGAGAGGUCCAUCAUCUCUCACCUUGCUCUCAAAUGGAAAGGGAAGACAGCCGAGGAGCUAAACAACAGUCUGGGUUUUUUCAUGGACAUUGUUACCUGCGACUAUGAAAAGUUUACCAGGGUUUCCAUGAUUGCCCCACUUAGCGGGAGUCAAUACUCAGAGAAGGUGAGCGAGAAUUGCCAAGCAGCCUGGGAAGCUGCAGGAAAAUACGGUGAAGCCGAGGUUAAGGCGCUACAAGAAUUUAAAGCAGCAUUCAAGGAUCAAAAUUUUCCUCCUGGUUCUUCCAUCCUGUUUGCUUCUUCACCUGCAGGCCUUGUGAUUGCAUUCAGCAAGGAUGAUACAAUUCCUGAAAAGGCUACUGCAGUGAUAGAGAGCAAGGCACUUGGGGAAGCAUUGCUUGUCUCCAUUAUUGGGAAAAAUGGUGUUUCUCCUGUUGCCAAAGCAUCUUUAGCAGAACGUCUUUCUCAGCUGCUGUGAAUUACCAGAUCCCUCUCAAAAUUUGCCACCUACCCAUUUCAGAUUACUCUUCUAGCCACUGAAUUGUAAAGGGAUCGGAAGUGGUCCGAAUAAAUAAGGGGUUCUUAUUAUGAGAAAGAAUCACAAUGUAGCAUUUUAGAUUUGGCCAGGCUCCAGUUAAUGGUUACAGAAGAAAGCAUCAGAGAUUUUACAUACCUGCUAUGAUCCCUUUCACCGUCUGCCCAGUACCAAGCCGACUUUGCUGGAUCUAAGGAUGAAUUAAUUCUGAAAGUGACUUUAGUUGACAUAUUUCACUGUAAUUCUGUGAACUAGAAACUGGUUAUUCCGGUUAUUGAGAAGAUUAUUAGUCCCUGUUAAAAUUGGCAUUCCACAAGCUAUUUGUAUUUCAGGGCUGGGACUGCAAUUUAGGCCUGCAUUUCAUAAUUUUGAAAAUUGAUAGCUGUUACUGA